AUGGCGGCGAGCGAGCCGGACACGGCGCAGCAGCAACUUGAUGAAAUUGAAGCCCUUUCGUCCAUCUAUGGUGACGACUGGUGUGUUGUUGAUGAAGAUGAAAAAGUCUAUUGCAUCAAGAUAAGUGACUGUCUGGAGCAACCUAAAUGGACCCUCUGCCUGCAGGUAAUUUUGCCUCCAGGAUAUCCAACUGCAGAGCCGCCUAUUUAUCAACUAAAUGCCUCUUGGCUUCGAGGACAGGAUUACAUGGAACUAGCAAAUAGCUUGGAAGAGAUAUAUGUACAGAACCUUGGUGAAAGUAUUCUGUAUUUAUGGGUGGAGAAGAUACGAGAAGUUCUGAUUGAAAAGGCACAAUCAUCAGAUCCAGCAGAACCAGAUAAUAAGAAAACCAGUGAAGAGGUUGAUGAAGAUAAUGAAGAUGAUUUUCUCCUGGACUACCAGCCGGUUCAGGAAGAAUCAAUUAAAAUGUUAAAUUUUAUUACAUCUGAAAGCCAAGAAGAUGAAGAGCUGCCCUUGAUACAACAUGGAAACCCAAUCACAGACCGAAGGAGCACCUUCCAGGCACAUUUGGCUCCUGUGGUGACCCCGAAACAAGUAAAGAGAGUUCUUGAAAAAUUAUAUGAAAAUAAGAAAAUUGCAAGUGCUACCCACAACAUAUAUGCAUACAGAAUAUACUGUGAAGAUAAGCAGACCUUCUUACAGGAUUGUGAAGAUGAUGGGGAGACAGCAGCAGGAGGACGUCUUCUUCAUCUUAUGCAGAUCUUGAAUGUCCACAAUGUGUUAGUUGUGGUGUCUCGCUGGUACGGAGGUAUCCUGUUAGGACCAGACCGUUUCAAACACAUCAAUAACUGUGCAAGAACGAUCCUUGUGGAAUGCAACUAUGUGCAUUCAGCGGAAGAAUCAUCUAAGCAGAUGGGAAAGAGCAAAAAGAUAAAGAAGGACAACAAGAAGAGAACAUAACAUUAACUUAUUAUUAAAAAAUUUAAAGAAUUAUUUUGCACAUAUUUAUAGAAAUGAAUUAUGGACAUUAUUGCCUUAUCCACAAGAUAUAUUUUGUAUUCAAGAGAAAAUUCAGUAAAGUUAGAGA